GACAAAUAAAAAGAAUAAAAGUGAAAAGAAACGUCGAAAUAAAAAUAACAAAGACGAUCAGCAACCAUCAGGCAGCAGUGGCACAACAGCCAAGGCUAAAGGUAAAGGUAAAGGCAAAGGCAAAGGUAAGGGCAAAGGCAAAGCCACAGCCGCAGACACAAUGCCAAAACGCAAGGCCAAAAAAACAACUGAGUUGAGUGGCAACAAGCCCGAGCGGAUUAGCGCCCACGAAGUGAGGGCGCUUCAUCAGGUAGUGCACAAUUUUAUACAAAGCGGAGCUCUACAGUUGGAGCUCACUAAGCUAACCAAUCUGCAGCGACGCGAGGUGCACAUCUAUGCUCGCAAAAUGGGAGUGAAGACGCGCAGUCGCAACAACGAGGGUGAACGUGUGCUCACCAUGACGCGCAGCCUAUUCACGCUGCCCAACUUGGAUACGCAACGCGUAAAGUUCACCGUUUGCCCAGGCAUAGCCCAGCUGCUGGACAGAGUCACGCAGGAGAUGUGGCAGCAGCCCUUGCAGAGUGCGUUCCGUCGUCUGCCACCGAAUCGCUGCUCACCCUCGCAAGGCAUGAGCAGCGGCCUGAUUGGCAUACGUCGCAUACCGCCGCCGCCAGGACGCAUCUGCGAGCGUCUGGCCAAGGAGCGCAACGAAUUGCCGAUUGUGCAUCAGCGCCACAGACUGCUGCAGCUGCUCAAGUACUCGCAGGUGGUCAUUGUGAAUGGCGCCACGGGCUCCGGCAAGUCGACGCAGUUGCCACAGUUUCUGCUGGAGCAGGCCACAGCACGCAAACAUGCGGUGCGCAUGGUGAUUAGCCAGCCACGUCGCAUAGCCGCCAUCAGUGUGGCCGCUCGCAUUGCCGAGGAGCGUGGCGAGAAAUUGGGCGACACUGUUGGCUAUCUCAUACGCAUGGAGAGAAAGUGCACCAAUCGCACAGUUCUGACGCUAACCACCAGCGGCUGCCUGCUGCGCUCGCUGGCCAUGAAUGGCGCAGAGUUCUUUAGCAAUACGACACAUUUGAUUAUUGACGAGGUGCAUGAUCGUGACUUGGAUACGGACUUUUUGCUGCUGGCGCUUAAGCUGGAGCUGCAACGCAAUCGCACACUCAAGGUCAUACUCAUGUCGGCCACCAUGGACGUGGAUGCGCUCUCCGAGUAUUUCAAUGCUGCGCCCGUUUUAAAUGUCGAGGGUCGCAGCUUUGAUGUGCGCACCUUUGCGCUCGAGCAAAUACUCAAGAUCUCCGGCUAUAUGACGCCACAGAUGCAGGCAGUGCUGGAUAACAAUGGGGAGGACAACGGAGAGGUCACCGAGGAGCAGCUGCUGCAUGCCUAUGUGAGCACACACAGCACAGCCGAGUCGGACAUUGAUUAUGCCUUGAUAGUAUCGCUGCUCGAGCUGCUGCUGAUGUCGGGCAAGAGUGGGGCGGUUAUUGUCUAUCUGCCUGGCUAUCAGGAUAUGACAAAUCUGCAGGAGGAGCUGCAGAUCGCGCUGCCCGAGGCGGCCAUCAAAAUUCUACUGCUGCAUAGCCAAAUCGAUGUGGCGCAGCAGCGUCAGGUGUUCAAUGAAUUUGGCGAUAUACAGCUGAAGAUUGUGCUCAGCACGAACAUUGGACAGACAUCGAUAACCAUACCGGACCUGCUGUAUGUCAUCGACACUGGGCGCUGCAAGAUGAAGACACACGAUGCCGCCACCAAUGCCUCGCAGUUGGCCUGUGUUUGGAUCUCCCAGGCGGAUGCAGAGCAGCGCGCCGGACGCGCCGGUCGCCGUUCCAAUGGCAUUUGCUAUCGCCUGUUUAGCAGCGCUCAGUUCAAUAGCUUCAGUCGCUUUAUAUUGCCGGAGAUGAUGCGUCGCACGCUGGACGAGAUUUGUCUGCUGGCCAAGAUAGCGGCGCCCGAGCAGCCCAUCGAGAAGUUUCUGUCCCAGGCAUUGGAUGCGCCACAGCCCGAGGCGGUGCAUCAGGCGUUGAAGAAGCUAAUGGUGCUCAAUGUGAUUGAGCCCACAACGGAGAAGGUCACCCAGCUGGGACACAUACUGGCCGAACUGCCGCUGGACGUGCAGCUGGGCAAAUGCCUGGUCUAUGGCCUCUACUAUCGCUGCCUCGGCAGCUUGGCCAUCAUAACGGCAUUCUACUCGGUGCGCGAUCCCUUCGUGCUGCCCACAAUGUGCUCGCGCAGCGCACGCAACGAGCAGCGCCGAGCUCGCGAAGCCUACGGCAUGGAGAGCUACAGCGACUCGCUGGGCAUACUGCAGCUCUACGACGAGUAUACGUACGAGACGGAGCGCGGAUCCUGGUACGCGGAUGAGUAUUGUAGCGCGCAUCACGUUUGCCGCCGUUCCAUGGACAUGUUUGUGGCUGCGGUGCAUUCGCUGCGCUUGGCCAUGCGCCGCAUCUUUGAGGUGCGCGACUGGAGCAGCAUCUCGUACAAUGACAAGAACGCGAACAUGGUGCGUCUAUGCAUGACCGCCGGACUCUAUCCGCAGCUGGUGUACGUCGAUCGUCGCAGCAGUCGCAAGCGCGUCUUUAUCGCCGCCGGCGAUCCCGCCGUGCAACUGGCGCGCAACUCCUGCCUCGGCUACUGCUUCACACGCGGCCGUGCCUGCGACACCAGCGACUUUCUGCUCUACAUAGAGAAGACGCGCUCCAAUGGCAACAUCUCGCACAUUGAGCACUUGACGCUGGUCAGCACGCUCAUGGUGGUGCUGCAGUGUGGCAAGACCGCCGGCGUAGACUUACUGCCAGAGAGCGAGGACUCCGAUGCAACGGCCUCCGAGGAGGAGGACGUGCCGUGCGAUAAGAUGGUGCGGGAAACAAAAUUUCAACUAGCUCUGGACAGCUGGCUACGCAUCACAUUGACCCAAUCGCUUGGGCUGCAGCUGAUGCAGUUGCGCCAGCAUAUUAAUCUCGAAUUCAAUGAGAUGAUCAAUCAACGCAACGUCGUCGGCAUACGCAACACAACGGCGGACUAUGUGCGUCUAUUGCUGGAUCUCGACUCGGAUGCCUCCGGUCUGACCGCCACAGACAUCACAUUCCGUCCCUAAUUAAUGCCCACCUAUGCGUACUUGUAUUUUGAUGCUGAAUGCUGGACGAGCUAUCGAUUAAUAGAAUAUCUGAAGCGAGGGGGCUUGGUAUCAAUUCUCGAUUCUAUAUAUCAGACCUGUACAUAGAGAGCCAAGUCUAUAUUAAUUUGCUAAACAAUGAAAUUGUGUGAACGCUUCAAAUUUCCAAUUUACAUUUACGUUGUACGUUAAAACUUGAUGUAGCCCAAAGCUAUUUUAGAGUAACACUAAACCUUAAGUAAACCCUAGCUAUCGAUAACUUAAACAGAAAGUAUUGAGAUUUUGCUGCUGUCAGCAAGUAGUACUAAGAUAUAUAUAAAAGCUUGACCCGCGCGUAAUCUUUCGACAUACCAAAUGCGAAAAUACUCACAAAUGCUUCGCAAGUCUUUUUGUUUAUAGUAAUAAGUUUUAAAUUAUUGCAAUUAUACGCUAUAGAUGUAGUUUUUAACAUAAUCAAGUCAAUCAGAGUCUCUCUUUCAAACCAAAGCGUAGUUGGCACAGCAUCUGGAGAGAUUUUAGCAACCUAAGAGUUAGAUUUAUUCAAACAUUAUACGCAGCAGAAUAAACUGUAUUAUCAAAUAGUUGCUAAAAAUGCAUAUAAGAUAUAGCAAGAUUAUUGGUAGAAUACCACUUAACCACAAAAGAAGAAACUGAUUUAACUGAACCAGCUCGAAGCUGAAAAACAAUUAUAAUUAAUGGAAGAAUAUGACUUAUUCAAAAAAACGGAAGAUAUGGCUAUGUCAGCGGAAAUCAGCUCGAAGAAGAGUUGCCAGCAUUAAACAAAAAUAUUGCAAGAUUAUUGGAAGAAUACGUCUUAUACACAAAAGGGCAAGAUGCAUACAAAAUAUUGGAAGAUUAUCCCCUAUACACAAACGGGAAAACUGCAAGAGUUGCUAACAUUAAUACACAAAUAUCGUAGGAUUAACACUUAUUGACAAAAUCGGAAUCUGUAUUCGAGCUGUACCAACUCGAAGCUGAACAACAAUUGAUUAAUAACCAAAGAGAAAUCUGUAUAAUUACGAUUCAUUAACAUAUAUUGCCAGACUAUUUAAACUAUAUCCCUUACAGACAAACGCAUAAUUUGUAUCAACUGAAGCCAAAUCGAAGCAGAUUUUGAAUUGGUUUUGAGCUUGAUUAGAAAAUCCUAUAUAACGAAUUUGAUGUAAGAUGUUCAGCAUUUGCAAUAUCUAUGUGUCUAUUAAUUAACCAAAGUUAAAACUCUGAAUGUGUAUUGGUUGGUUCAAUAAACUUAAACAACAAUAUUCUUGAUAAAUAUGUAGCAGAAAAAAAACAAAGAAAAUUUUA